AACAAACGUCAGAACAAAAUCCACAACUUUCGGCACCUUUUUUCACCAUUUCAUAACAAACGCGAGGCGGUACAGUGAGAAAUGUUAUCGAGAAGUUUUCGUCCUAAUUUAUGGUACAUUGGUCGCCAUGGCCAACGUGCGCUGGUUACCCGGCCACUUCCCAGCAAAGAGCACGAAUAUACGAAUCAACCGGAAUACCCAGCCAUUCAGGAUUUAAGCUACCCGGCCAAAAAGAAACGGGAACGUCAAGCAUGGCACCAGAAGAUAGCAAAGCUAAGCUCGGUCGAGGAGAAACUGUUUGAAAUUAACAUGCCGAAGUACUACGGAUACAAAACGAAUAUACUGACCGACGAAAAGUUCCCGUACAACGUCAAACCUUUCGUGCAGUAUGCGACCAGAACGUGCUUUCAAAAAGGCCUGCCCCAGUUCUACGAUUCGCUGAAAGAAGAGGCCACCAAAAUUCUGCAAACAUUGCAGAGCGACAUCGAGGAUACAGUUGCUUUCGAACUCUCAAGCUACAGUCAUUUAAUGAACGAUGAAAAUGUAUCUCCCUUGGAAAAGGAAGAAACGGUCACCAGAUCCCUGUUGAUGCAGCUGAACCGCACGAUCGCUAAUGCACUUGCUCCAAACUGUAGUCAUUUAAGUGAGAUCGAGACGGAUUUCGAUCCUCGGCAUGAAGCAUUUUGGUUCCUUGGUGGCAUUUAUCCUCCGAAGUUAGUUCAAAAGAUCAAGGAAGGUGUUGAAUGGCAGAAACCAUAUGCGAACGAUUCGUAUGAUCGCAACAUCCAGUAUGUGGGCAAACCGUACAUGGCUGUAAGACACAAACAUCCGCUAGAUCCUUUCGUUUCGAAGGAUCUCGAAUCGCUCGACAUAAAACAAGAUAACGUCGAAGUACCGGACUAUCGGUACGAUCCAUUGGCUUUGAGUUAUAUUUCGAACUUCCGGCAUGCUACGACUGUGCCCGGGUAUUGGCCGGGUGAUCAGCAUGAGUUUGGAUUGAUGUCGUUUCAACGACGAACUCACGCACACGAUCGCUACAAGUAUUGUGCGAUGAACGAUCUGGAUGAAGCUAUCCAUGCGCAAGGCAUUUUGUCCAGCUUCGCUUGGUUGCUGGGUCAAGCUUGCUAUCAGGGCUUCUCGGUAUUCAACGAUGUAACGUACCCAUUGACCACCCAGACAGUUGUAACGGAUGGCAAACAUUGGUCAUUCUAUGCGUAUCAGCUCAAUACGACGCUACUGCACUCGGAUCAAGUUGAUGUUAACAAUCGAUACAAUUUGUGCUGGGGAACGGAAGCCCUGCAGCUGUACGAAUCGAUUGACGAGAGUGGUAAAAUUCAUGGCCUAAACAGCGAAGUCCUUCUCCAGUUGAUCAUGUUCUAUAUUAAUCAACCAAAGGAACGUGCAGUAAACUUAAAGCCCUACCUGUGUCCAACGGAAACGCGCAUUGCAGAUAUCGAGGAUGAAAAUAGGCGAGUUUUUAUGGAGCAGGCGUACAAGCAUUUGGUAUCGAAUCGACCCCGUCACCGACUAGUUCCGGAAGUGUACCAGUGGGAGAAGAUUUACAAAAUAGACCACAAGACACGCCCGAUGGAUGCUAAGCGUAGACCCUUUGAGUUUGGUGAAAACAUGUUCAAUCGGCGUUUGGACGAGCAUGCAUUGAAAUAUAUUCCGCGCGCUGUGCGUCCGGGUGGCCCGAAGAGUAGACCUAAGUUUGAGGCGACGUACUAUCCCAACGUACGAAGGCAAUAGGCAGAAAAAUAUGUUAGGCAUGUGACAGUGAAUUUCUCGUAAUGAAAUACAACGGAAGUAAUGGAAGGAUUCCAAA